GGCGGCGGCGCGCCUGGACACACACCCCCCCCCCCCCACCACUCACACACCCGCACCCACGGACGCACACCCGCACCCACAUACAUGCACACGCGCGCCCGCCGCCGCACUCUCUCGAGCACACGCCCCGGGGGGAAGGAAGGAACCGCGGCCGGACGCCCCGCAGCCCCCGCCGCCGUCAGGAGCCCCCACCACCACCAUCACCGGCUUUUGUCUGCCGCCCCCGCCGGGAGCCGACCCUCCGCUCGGCCGGCGUCCGCCCGGGAUCAUGGACGAAGCGCUUUGAGAGGGGAACCCGCCGAGGGGGGCGGAUUUUGAAGUUCGAAUAAGGAUUUUUAUCGCUUCCCUUCCUCCCCGCUCCGAGACCGGUCUCUCCGGGCAGCGCCAUCCCUCCAUCCCGACCCACGGGGCUGCCAUGGAUCGCACCGGCGGCUCCGGUGGGGGCAGCGACCGCAGGCAGACCGAGGAGAGCAAGCCGCUGCUGGGCGAGAUGUCCGCUCCCGAGGGGAAUAAAAUGGGUGCCGCGCCGUGCCGGAGAGCCCUGCUCCACUGCAACGGCAUGAGGUACAAGCUGCUGCAGGAGGGGGACAUCCAGGUGUGUGUCAUCCGGCACCCCCGGACGUUUCUCAGCAAGAUCCUCACCUCCAAGUUCCUGCGGCGGUGGGAGCCGCACCACUUGACCCUGGCAGACAACACCGUCGCCUCGGCCACGCCAACUGGGUACAUGGAAAACUCCAUUUCCUACAGUGCUAUUGAAGACGUUCAACUGCUCUCCUGGGAGAAUGCCCCUAAGUACUGUUUACAGCUCACGAUCCCGGGGGGUACUGUCUUACUGCAGGCUGCAAACAGUUACCUGAGGGAUCAAUGGUUCCAUUCUUUGCAGUGGAAGAAAAAGAUUUACAAAUACAAGAAGGUGCUCAGUAACCCCAGCCGCUGGGAGGUGGUGUUGAAGGAGAUCAGGACGCUGGUGGAUAUGGCACUGACGUCUCCGCUUCAGGAUGACUCCAUUCACCAAGCACCACUGGAGAUUGUCUCAAAACUGCUCUCAGAGAACAACAACUUAACCACUCAAGACCACGAGAGCAUUAUUGUGGCAAUUGCACCUUUGCUGGAAAACAAUCAUCCUCCUCCUGACCUCUGUGAAUUCUUCUGCAAGCACUGCCGAGAGCGCCCGCGGUCCAUGGUUGUGAUAGAAGUGUUCACGCCGGUGGUACAGAGGAUUCUCAAACACAACAUGGAUUUUGGGAAGUGCCCUCGGUUGCGGCUGUUUACUCAGGAGUAUAUUCUGGCUUUGAACGAGCUGAAUGCUGGAAUGGAGGUGGUGAAGAAGUUUAUUCAUAGCAUGCACGGUCCCACUGGACAAUGCCCCCACCCCAGGGUCCUGCCAAACCUUGUCGCUGUCUGCUUAGCAGCCAUUUACUCGUGUUAUGAGGAAUUUAUCAACAGUCGAGACAACUCGCCAAGCCUGAAGGAGAUUCGGAAUGGCUGCCAGCAGCAGUGUGACCGAAAGCCCAAUCUGCCCCUCCGCCUUCUCCACACGAGUCCUGACCUGGUCUCUCAGGAGGCCACCUUGACUGAAUCCCGUCUCAAACCAGUUAUUGUCACUUCUAAUGAGAUCCACGUGGAAGUGGAGCGAAACAACACAGCUAAUCAGAAGAUGACAGCUAAUGUUGGCAAUGACAGUGAGCCCAACCUGAUUGACUGCUUGAUGGUCAGUCCUACCUGCAGCACCAUGAGCAUUGAGCUGAGCGCCCAGGCAGACAGGAUCCUUGGCUGUUAUGUGGAAAUACUCAAGAUGCUGUCAGACUAUGAUGACUGGAGACCAGCCUUGGCUAGCUUGCUUCAACCUAUCCCAUUUCCCAAGGAGGCUCUUGCACAUGAGAAAUUCACAAAGGAGCUGAAAUAUGUGAUUCAGAGAUUUGCAGAAGACCCGAGGCAAGAGGUCCACUCAUGUUUGCUGAGUGUGCGGGCUGGCAAAGAUGGCUGGUUCCAGCUCUACAGCCCUGGAGGAGUGGCAUGUGAUGAUGAUGGAGAGCUGUUUGCCAGUAUGGUUCAUAUUUUAAUGGGAUCCUGCUAUAAAACGAAGAAGUUCCUGCUUUCACUGGCUGAAAAUAAAUUAGGACCUUGCAUGCUGCUGGCUUUGAGGGGGAACCAGACAAUGGUUGAGAUUUUGUGUUUGAUGCUGGAAUACAACAUCAUCGAUAAUAACGACACCCAGCUCCAGAUCAUCUCUACCCUGGAAAGCACAGACGUGGGAAAGAGAAUGUAUGAACAGCUGUGUGACAGGCAGAGGGAGUUAAAAGAGCUGCAAAGAAAAGGUGGUCCCACGAGGCUAACACUGCCAUCCAAGUCCACAGAUGCAGACCUGGCCCGCCUGCUGAGCUCGGGAUCCUUUGGAAAUCUGGAGAACCUCAGCCUGGCCUUCACCAACGUGACGAGUGCUUGUGCUGAGCACCUCAUUAAACUGCCUUCACUCAAGCAGCUGAACCUGUGGUCAACUCAGUUUGGAGAUGCUGGGUUGCGGCUUCUGUCGGAACACCUCACCAUGCUGCAAGUGCUCAACCUGUGUGAGACUCCCGUCACGGAUGCUGGGCUGCUGGCACUUAGCUCCAUGAAGAGCCUGUGUAGUUUAAAUAUGAACAGCACCAAACUUUCGGCAGAUACCUAUGAAGAUCUCAAGGCUAAACUACCCAACCUGAAAGAAGUGGAUGUCCGCUACACCGAAGCGUGGUGAACUCUCCCUGCCUUCAACUCUUCUCUUUUGCUUCUCCCAAGAAGGAAAAGAUUUUUAAAACAGACAGAGAAAAAUGAACCAGAAAAAAACUUUUUGGCUAAUACCUGUAGAGCAGUGAGUCCUGGGACCUGGUGGUAGGAGUCGUGGUUGUGGGGUAGAGGAGUGGUGUUGUAUGUGUUGGGGGGGGGACAGGGCAAGCCUGGACCCAGCCGGAUUCUUGCAGCUUUGUGAUUUUGGAAUCAACAGAAUUUUACGUUGAAAAGGAAUUUACAAAACAUAAAGAAGGAAAGGACAUUGUAGCAGCAAGAGGAUUAUAAAGAGGAAAACAAACAAACAAACAACACAACCAAACAUCUCUGUGGAUUUUAUUUGCCUUUGUGUUUUAUGCCGUGUGGAGAGAAAACAAAAAGAAGUAGAUUCAUUUUUCAUUAUUUCCCCAAGUUUCCUUGGCUGGCAGCUGCCUGCUCAGAACUCUUCUGUCACCACUUUUGCUCCAGACAACAACAAAAAAAUAAUCAAACUUUCAAAAACAAAAAAAAAAGGAAAAAGAAAACAAAAUCUCAAGAGAAGAAAAACCAAACCCAGUAUGAUUCUCACCUCCCCCCUGUGUCCUUGCAGUUGUUAUGCAAAGUAAUUUUGUUGUACAUAAGAUUUACAUAAUGCACCUAUUUAAGAAAAUGGUUCACAAAUAACAGGUCUGGGACCUGUCUUUUAUUUAUGAAUUGUUAAUUCUUUUCCCCUUCCCCCCCCCCCCUCCCCGUCCCCGUUGCAUAUAGUACUGUAUAAAGUAGUUUGCUGUCUUCUUGUUAUUAUUUUCUCUUUGUUUUUUAAAGGAAAUGUCCUCCUUGAAGAAUUGCCUUUUAGUAAUGCAUACUGUCCUAUACUCCCUCUCUGUCACAGCCUUCAUCGCCUUGUCUUUUGGAUUUCAAAAUGCCUCCGACGUUAUCAAAUAGGAAGGAAAAUGAUCGAGGGGGCUGGGGGUGUGGGCAUUGAGGGGAGGGGCUGCAGGGAUUAAUAAAAGUCUCAUUUCCUUCCAAAGUCUGCAACCCUUUCUGUAGUCCUUUUAAGCCAUGUCAGGUUGGGCGGCGGGAGCUGGGGAGAAGCCGUCGCUGGUUUUGCCCGCGGGGUACUCGCAAAGCUUGGUAGAUUUUAUCGCAAGUCGCCUUAGUUGUUUUCUGUUUGCGUCCGAGAUUUCAGAAAGAGAAGAAAAAGUUCUCCCUCCGUUUUCUGCAGCAGCUUUUUCCUCUGUUUUGGUUUGUUUGGGUUGGUUUGUUUUUUAUCCCCCUCUGCCUCCCCUCUACCUGUUCUGUGCACGCAUUGUUCUGCAUGUUCCUCUGGGCUGACCCAAAACCUAGCGUUGUGCUGAUCCCAUAGCUCUGACCCCUCUGUAAAUGUGACCGCUCCACUUGUCAAAUUCCACAGCUGCUUAGAAGUUGAUUGGGGGGAAAAAAAAGAUCCUUGUGGUUUCUUUUCUAACUCUGCUGUUGACUCUUUAUUAGUUUAUCUUUCUUUUUUUUCAUGACGAGCCUUCAUUGUACAGAGCUGCUUCUUUAAGAAAAGAGACAAAAAACACCCCCAAAAAAAAGAAAAACCCAAGAAAAAAGGAAGAUUUUUAUUUCUCACCCCCUCCCCUCUGUUCAACACCUUUCUUUUAUUCUUCAGCACCUCAAGGUUUCACAUACAGCCAAUGUAAUUUUUUAUAUAUAUAAAUAUAUAUAUAUAUAUUUAAUCUUCUUCAAUGGAAGCCAAGCUUUUUGGGUUGGUUUGUUUGGGGGUUGGUUUUUUUUUUUUGGUAGUUUUUUUUGUCGUUUUUUUGGUUUUUUUUAAACUUUGUUGCUGCAUAGAUAACCUCUACCCAAGUCAUGGUUUGGGUGGUUUGUGGGGGUUGUUUUUUGUUGUUGUUGUUUUGGUUUUUUUUUAAGGAAAUGAUACAGAAAUUGAGUCUUAACUCAUGUAGUCUGCCAGGUUUGUUGGGGUUUUUUUUUUGGGGGGGGGUGUUUUGUUUUGUUUUGUUUUUUCCCCCCCCUUUCAGCUCCCAAACUGUGUGGAUGCAGUAUGGGAAGGGAAAAAAAAACACAUGUUAAAAAAGGAAGACAAAUGAUGCCAACAUUUUCCUUAGCACUGUUGCUUUUACCAAUGGUUUACUACUACUGUUCUGUAGCUGUGUACAAAGAGAUGUGAAAUAAUUUCAGGCAAAAAUAAACUGUAAGUGACUAUCUUUUA